AUGAAGCCUUCAGCAUCUAUCUACGAGCCACUCGAUGACGUCUUCAAAUCCGUUCGAUUAAUCGAAGUCCUUCCACCGUCAUCCGAUCGUCAAAUCUGCAUUCGCAUGCGACAAGCCCAAGCCCCAGUUCAGUACCGAUGCCUAUCGUAUACGUGGGGAGACGCAUCUCAAGAAAGCGAAAUCCUCGUGAACGAUCAAUCCGUUCGCGUGCGCUAUAAUCUAUACACAUUCCUGCAGACAGCGCAGCGCCGGUACACAGAGCAGUUACUAUGGAUCGACGCACUAUGCAUCAAUCAGAAUGACAACAUAGAGAAGAAUCAUCAGGUGCAACGUAUGGGGGAGAUUUUUAGCGGUGCGGAGGCGGUGCUUAUU